AUGGCGGAUUCACUUGACACCAGUCAGAUCAAAGACUGGCGGUCGAUAGUGACACUGGUUGUUUUUGUCCUCACAAAUCUUGCAGUGCAAUUCCCUUUCAAGGUGUCAAUAUAUGUCCCUUCAAGCCUUUCCAGGCUUGUGCUGGGGUUGCUCGAAAGUCUGCGAAUACUAUCAUCCUGUCCAGACCGAACCUCCAAGUAUGGCAAACCCAAUGGCGGCACCGACAAGAUCCUUGUACGGAUCCAAUUCCCCAUGAAUUUCGUGACAGCGCCUCUGCUGGCCGAUCUUUUUCUCCUGGCCAUUUCAGCCAUCGGUCGGCAGGAAGUGCACGAUGGAACGGUGGGCGCCGAUGACAUCUCACCGAUCGACAUCAUGGUCUUCUUCUUGACUUUGGCUUACAUCGCUAUCUCCAUCGACACCUCUGGCUUGAUCAGGUGGUUGGCAUUGAAGGCGCUGCAAAAAGGUGGCAAGAAUGGGCAUGCCCUGUUUCUCUACCUCUAUGCCUUCUUCUUUUGCCUGGGCAGUUUCAUUGGUAAUGACCCUAUAAUUCUGUCCGGCACAGCUUUUCUGGCGUACAUGACUAGAGUGUCGGAUAGUAUUCACAAUCCGAGAGCUUGGAUCCAUGCUCAGUUCACCGUGGCGAACAUUGUCUCGGCGAUACUGGUCUCUUCUAAUCCGACCAAUCUUGUCCUCGCAGGAGCUUUCAACAUCAAGUUCAUACAUUACACCGCAAACAUGAUCGUCCCUGUAGCCAUUACAGGCAUUCUUAUGUUCCCUUUUCUGCUAUACGUUGUCUUCUCCGGCAAGGAUGAGGUCGACGAGAAAGAGUUCAUCCCGUCCUCGAUAGCACCGGAAGUGUUACCGCCGGCUAUCCAGAAUCUGAAACCUAAGAACCCUAACAUCACUCAUGGAAGGGGUGGCGGAGAAGAAGAAAAGGACAAGAAGGCCAAUAAUGAGAAAGGCAAGCGUCGUAUGGCUGAGGAGAUCUUGAACCCUUUUAUCGAAUGGAGGAGCGCAGCAUUUGGAGCCGUCUUAAUGGCAGUGACCCUUAUCACUCUGCUCGUGCUCAACGCCGCCAGUCAGACUACAGGUGAACACCCUGUCUACUGGGUGACAUUGCCGGCAGCCUUCGUUAUGUUCUGCUGGGACAGCAUCUACGGAUUGUUUCACCUGGAGAAGUGGGAGCAGGGCUUUAAAGAUUACCAAGACAAGCGUGAUAUGCUCGAAGAGCAAGAAUUCCGACGAUCAGCGCGACAGCAACCCCAACUAGGACCGAGCCCGCUUAUCUCGCAGAGCGAAAGCAGGGCUGAGUUGUGGAACCAUAACAGAAGCGACUCAGACCAGAUCAUGGCAGUGAGUAGUGAUCGUCCUGAGACUUCUAUGUCAUUGACUUUGGCCGGUAUGAUCAAUGAGAAGCAUUCUGCAGGUGGUGCUAGCAGUGCACAACCAGUAUACGGAAAAACAGGCACCAAAACGAUCUCGACAGCUAAUGAGAAGGAGGAAAGGUACAGUGGGGAUACUUCGGAUAACACCGAAAUUGAGUCUCAACGAAAGUAUCCUGGACCGACUCAACAGAAGAAAUCUGGACGGACGACUCUAGAAAGCCUGAUACAUGAGGCAGGCGAAUGGUUGCAGAAGAAUUUCCCAACGGUCACAGAGGUGAUGGCUCACCUGCCAUUUCCCCUCGUGCCGUUCGCGCUAUCCAUGUUCGUCCUUGUGCAAGGACUUGUCACGAAAGGCUGGGUUCCCGUGUUUGCAUACGGAUGGGAUCAUUGGGUGAACCGAACAGGGACUGUUGGGGCAAUUGGCGGGAUGGGACUUCUCUCUGUGGCUCUGUGCAAUUUCGCUGGCACGAAUAUCAGCAGCGCCAUACUCCUUUCUCGCGUGGUGCAAGCGUGGCAGCAGAUCCACCGCCAAAAUGGUAUUCCGAUAAUAGAUCGAAACUUUUGGGCGACAGUGUAUGCCAUGGCACUCGGCGUCAAUUUCGGUGCUUUCAGCGCAGUCUUCAGCGCUUCCCUUGCUGGCUUGUUGUGGAGAGACAUCCUGAAACGCAAAUACAUUGAGGUCAAGCGUCUGGAAUUCGCAAAGGUCAAUCUGCCGAUCAUUGCGGUUGCCAUGGCUGUUGGCUGCGCUGUUUUGGUUGCUGAAGUAUAUAUCAUACGAGGUGAUGAGCCGUAUGAUGCAUAG